AUGUGCUCCGUCGCGGUUUUAUGUCCUAUUCGUGAACCCUCCAGCUGCAGGUCCUUGCCCUCAGAGGUUAAGAUAACUCGAACACGAAGGCACAGAGAAUGUUUAAAGAAUGUUUACAAUAAGGCAUGGGACCCGUGUGGUUACUUGAGACUAGAAACACCAACAGAAAAAUCUUUUUCAAGCUUCGAGGCCAAUUCAAAAGUGCGCAGUCCUAGAGCACGUCAUUGUGGGACGAGUGAAAGGAUCGAGCACCUUCUUAACAGUUGCGAGUUCAAAGCUCGAACAUAUGUAUAA